GACAUAACUGCUUUCUCUGUCUGUCUCGCACUUCGCCGAGCGGGAUGGCCAGCGACCGGGAGAGGCCGCGCCGCCGCCCGUCGCCGGAUCCUGUGGCGGUGCUCCGGGGCCACCGCGCCGCCGUCAGCGACGCCUGCUUCCACCACGCCCUCCCUCUCCUCUUCUCCGGCGCGGCUGACGGGGAGCUCAGGGUCUGGGACACGGCGAGCCACCGCACAGUCUCCUCCAUCUGGGCUCAUGGUGGCGCGGCUGGAGUGUAUUCAAUCGCUGCUGGCGCCGGACUUGGGAACACAAUCAUUAGCCAGGGAAGGGAUGGUUUGUGCAAAGGCUGGGCAAUUGAGGAAGCUGGGCUCUCACGGAGGCCCAUAUUUACAAUCAAAACAAGUACAUACCAUUUCUGUAAGAUGUCACUGUUUAAGGUUCCAUGUUCUGCACAUGGCACACAAACCAGCUUGAGUGGCUCAAAUGGUGGCACUGAGCCGCAAAGAGUACCUACUGAAGAUAAUACAGGAUCAGAUGUUGUAAAUCUUGCAGAAGGAACACAAGAAUAUGAACAAGGCAGAUCCUUGGAUGGAAAAAAUAUAUUGGCAAUCGCUGGUCAAGAAUCUUCUGAGGUUGAACUUUGGGACAUUGAAAAUUCAAGGAAGAUAAUGUGUUUGCCCCAAAGAUGUAGUGCUAAUAUGACAGGUCGCCUUACCAAGAAAAAAGGUCUAUGCAUGGCUGUGCAAGCUUUCAUCCCGUGUGAAUCUGGAGGCUAUGUUAAUAUUUUAUCAAGUUAUGAAGAUGGAAGCACUCUCUGGUGGGAUGUACGGAAGCCUGGGUCACCUUUAUCUUCAGUGAAAUAUCAUUUGGAAUCAGCUUUAUCCAUUGCUAUUGAUGGUUUAUGCACCGGUGGGAUCUCAGGAGGUGCUGAUAAUAAAGUAGCCAUGUUUGCCCUUGAUCAUCAGCAGGGCACGUUUUCUCUCAGGAAUGAGAUAGAAAUUGAGCAACCCGGUAUAGCGGGUAUAGCGAUUCGGCCAGACAACAAGAUUGCAGCAACUGCUGGUUGGGAUCACAGGAUUCGAGUGUAUAACUACAAUAAAGGAAAUGCUCUAGCGGUUCUAAAGUAUCACAGCGCUACGUGUGCCGUGGUGACUUUCUCACAUGACUGCAAACUGUUAGCCUCAUGCUCGGCGGACACCACGGUUGCGUUAUGGGAGCUGUAUCCUCCGAAAACACCCAGCAAAGUUCUCAUGGCAACAGAGGAGGUUGAGAGAUAGAAUCUGAUCAUGGUGUCAUAUGAUUAUGAUAUCUGUAACUUGGUGGAAAAUCAUAUCUGUAGGCUUCAAUAGAGAAAUUCAUGAACAUGUAUUUUUUGUUCGAAGUCUAAGUUUCUAGAACUAACUGUUAUACGAUGAUCAUGGCCUGGUAAGAUAGUUUCCAGUUUGA